GAGUGCGCCGACGCGUAGUCUGGGACGCCGGCCGGGGCGCUUGCUAGGGAACCGGUGUUGUCGCCCCGCCCUCGGGCUGCGGGCCCGUUAACCGUCCGGUGCGGGGCUCCGGCGACAUGCCGGUGCGCUUCAAGGGGCUGAGUGAAUACCAGAGAAACUUCCUGUGGAAAAAGUCCUACUUGUCGGAGUCCUAUAAUCCCUCCGUGGGACGGAGGCACCCAUGGGCUGGACUUAGAUCAGAUCAGUUAGGAAUCACAAAAGAGCCAAGUUUUAUUUCAAAAAGAAGAGUCCCUUACUAUGAUCCUCAGAUUUCAAAGUCUCUUGCGUGGAAUGGAGCCGUCUCGGAGAAGGAUGUGGCUGUGUUGCCAGAGCCCGAAGCCCUGGAGGCACCACAGGCACCGGAGGCACCGGAGGCAGAGCAAAGAGAAGACGUUACCCACGACGGGGUGCUUGCGCCGGACGCCGCCAGGGUGCCCAAGAGGUCUCACUCUGCGGACUCCGGAGCGGAAGGGGCUUCUGACACCAUGGAAAAUAAGGAGCAUGUCGUAGCAAACCACACACCAGUUAAUGAAAGUGUGGACCCGGAACGUUCUACCAAGCUUCUCUCAGAAAACAUAGAUAAUGGGUUGGAUAGACUCCUGCGGAAGAAGGCUGGAUUGUCUGUUGCUCCCUCCCACGGUGUGCUGAGAAAUUCUGAGUAUCAAAGGCAGUUUGUGUGGAAGACCCCUGAAGAGACCGCUGCAGCCUUUGCAGCCAGUCAGGUUUUCCACAAUAAAAGCAAAUUUGUUCCACAAUUCAAAAGUAACUCAAUCAUCCAUGAAACUGAAUACAAAAGAAAUUUCAAGGGUUUAUCUCCAGUGAAAGAACCGAUAUUAAGAAGUGAUUUGAAAGAGAAUGGAAAUUUUGAAACAAUAUCUCCUGAAAAGAAGUGUAAUAAAACAGAUGAUCCUUUAAAAUUAGAAGCAGAGAUGGGAUCAAAAGACUCAAACCAGCCUAAAAAAAAGCUUACUCCUUGGAGACAUCAAAGGCUUGGGAAGGUGAAUUCUGAAUAUAGAGCAAAGUUUCUGAGCCCAGCCCAGUAUUUAUACAAAGCUGGGGCUUGGACCCAUGUGAAGGAAAACGUACCCAAUCAGGGUUCUCUAAAUGCCAUGUGGUAUGCGGAGGUUAAAGAACUCCGAGAGAAGGCCGAGUUUUAUAGGAAACGAGUUCAGGGAACACAUUUUUCUCGGGACCACCUGAAUCAGAUUCUGUCUGAUAGCAACUGCUUUUGGGAUGUCUCCUCGACCACGAGCUCAGAAGGAACCAUUAGUAGCAACAUCAGAGCACUGGAUCUUGCGGGAGAUCCUACAAGCCAUAAGGCUUUGCAGAAAUGUCCUUCUGCAAAACUAGAAGGGAAAAAACCUGUCUUGGACGACCACCCCCAGAAAAACGCCACGGAGAAAUUGGGUGUGUCAGAGGCACCCACUGUACCUGUUAGGAGGCGUCUGGCCUGGGGUGCAGAGGACACCAAUGAGGACACACAGGAGCAACCGAGGGAGGAGGCGGAGGAGGCGGAGGAGGAGAAGAGGGAAAGGGACAAGCAGGUUUCUACAGCAGAGCCAGAGAAGUCGGAAGAACAUGAGAAGUCUGAGGCCGACGAGAUGAAGGAAGGGUCGGACUCUUCUGUCUCCUCGGGAAGAGGAGGCCGGCUUCCCACUCCGAAGCUGAGAGAACUUGGUGGGAUCCAGAGGACUCACCACGAUCUCACCACCCCGGCUGUUGGUGGUGCUGUUUUAGUGUCUCCAUCCAAAGUGAAGCCUCCAGUCCCAGAACAGAGGAAAAGAGUGCCCUCUCAGGAUGGCUUAGAAAUGGCAAAGAGUGACUUUAGGAAGAAAGAAAGUCGUGCUCUGUCUCUGCUGACUUCUCCGGCUGCUGGUAUCAGAACAGUUGACCCCCUGCCUUUGAGGGAGGAUUCUGACGCCGACGUCCGCAGACUUGCUGCGGCAGCUCAUCCAGUCUCACCAGUCCCAGACUACCCAGCACAGCCCCCCGGGCGGCCUCCUCCUCCACCCUGUGCUCUGUCCUACUGGCAUCCCUCGAGGCGCAUUCAGGGCUCUCUGAGAGACCCAGAAUUCCAGCACAAUGUGAGAAAAGCAAGGAUGAACAGUUUCCAGUUACCUCAGCGUGAAGCCUUUAACGAUGAAGAUGAGGACAGAUUAUCUGAGAUUUCUGCUCGCUCUGCAGCUUCUAGUCUCCGGGCGUUUCAGACUCUGGCACGAGCUCAGAAAAGGAAGGAGAAUUUCUGGGGCAAAACGUAGUUAAACAUACACCUGUUUGAGUUGCUUUUUUCUGGGGAACCACUGGUAUAAUUUUUCUUUAUUGCUUUGCUACGUUAAGACUUUUCAAGGGUUUGGG